ACGCAAUGGAGAAAUACUUCUGUUCUGAUGAGUUUGUUGUAAAAAAAAAAACACACACUGUCAGUAAAAACCAAACUUUAACACAACUCAAACUACACGGAAGAGAAACCUUUUGCAUGCUUGAUUUGCGGUAAAACCUGCUCUUGCCAUUUUAAACAAAACACACAAGAACCACACAGUGUGUGCAUAAAGAAGCUCUAUUAAAAGAAGUGUUCAGAGACAAGUGUGCUGGUGAAAAUAGCGAAACUUUUUGAAGUUGCUGGGCAGAAAGCAGACAGGAAAGAACAAUUAAAACGGCUUGUAUUGUCAUCAAGUCACCAAUAGGCGUCGCCAUUUGUUCUGCAAAUUGAUGAUCAAUGGUGCAUUUUAUUUCAAAUCUAUGAUUUGCCCACACUAUCAAGCGUCACUUUAUUCUCUGUAAACAUAUUUUGCUUCGAUUCAUAAUGACGUCCGUUCCUCCUGCUACUGCUGCUUGACCGGCGGACGUGCAGGGACUCUGUGAGGCUGCGGUGCGCCACCGCAGGACUCCAGAUGGGUAGCAGAACGUCCUGCUGCGUCCCCGCCACCCCGAAAGCCCACUCCAGACUGGAAGAGGACCACACAGAACCGAACCUAUGCCAGGAGGAGACACUAACAAAGAACAAUCUGCAACACAUCAGUGACAUCGAGAACAUGGACGAAUUGGAGAUGAUGUUGAGUCCAGCAGAUCAUCCUCAAAGCUGCACCAUGUUCCUCAGCAAAUCCAUGAAUGACGUACGAGAAAGACAGAAGAUUCAUUUCAUCCGCUACCGCGGUCCGACCAGCAGAUGGAAGUAUAGCUCCUGCUCCACCAUCUUUCUUGAUGAGAACACGGUCAGCAGGCCUCACCUGAAAUACACUAUCAAAUGUGUAGCGUUGGCGAUUUACUACCACAUAAAGAACAGGGAUGACAACGAAACGCCGCUUCUGGACAUUUUUGACGAGAGGCUUCACCCUCUCUCGAGAUCGCAGCAGGUGCCUGCCGACCACGAUCGCCGGGACCCAGAUCAGAGGCAGGUUUAUCGCUUUGUCCGCACGCUCUUCUGCGCCGCGCAGCUCAGGUCUGAGUGCGCCAUUGUCAUGCUGGUGUACCUGGAGAGGCUUCUGACCUACGCGGAGGUCUCCAUGAGUCCCGCUACGUGGAGACGAAUGGUGCUGGGUGCUGUCCUGCUGGCGUCCAAAGUGUGGGACGACCAGGCAGUGUGGAACGUGGACUACUGUCACAUCCUCAAAGACAUGACCGUGGCCGACAUGAACGAUCUGGAGCGUCACUUCCUGGAGCUUGUGCAGUUCAACAUCAACGUGCCUUCGAGUGUUUAUGUCAAGUAUUACUUUGACCUGCGCUCGCUCUCAGAGGCCAAUGACCUCAGCAUCCCGCUGGAGGCCCUCAGCCACCAGAAGGCCCAAAAGCUGGAGGCUAUUUCCAGACUAAGUGAAUCCGCAUUCAAAGAAGCACGGCGAGCCUCCAGGAAGCGUUCGGCUAGUGUGGAUCACCUGGACGGUGACACGUGGCUUCCUGCCAUCCUCUCUUAAAACCACCAUAUUGGUGGACAUGUUGGCGAGCAGCCUCUGAGAUGCAACUCUUUGAAUUGUUUAAAAAUGUAUUUCUUUUUAGAUUUAAGUAUUUCCAGAGACUGUUGAAUUCAUGAAAGCUUGACUUUCUAUCUGCUUCUCUCCCACUAUCAGUUAAAGAAAACCACAAAAGAGUCAUCUGUUCUAGUUUUUCUUUUCUAUUACCUCCACAGCAUUGGUGGAAUGACGUGAGGCGUUUCGAUCGCAUUUUAUGGAGCUUCAUAUUUCAAGCGGGAUUAAACCAAUGUGGUUUCUGUUUAAUGUUCAAUCUUAUUGUUUAACUGUUUGUUCCGUAUUUCGUCACUUUUAUCUGCGAUCAGAUAGAAAGACAAUCACGCUAUUGUACCGUUACAAUAGGGUUUUUCUGACAUCUGGUGUUUCACUUCCUAUUCAUUAUAAA